AUGCAUGAAGGUGACUCUGAAUUAGUAGAGUCGAAGCUGCAGAACUUUGAACACCGCCCAUCAAACAAUCUCACGUUUGUGGAUCACGUUGCAUAUUUCACGGAAUUAAUCCAAGAAACAGUGUACGAACUAGAAAAACAUGGAUGGUGGAAUCUUAAAAUGAUAAACUACACGCAAACAAUUAAGCAAACUAUUUACGACUGGAAUUUUGAAGCGACAGCGACUUACCACGACGGAUUUUUGAUGUCCAUAGAGAGAAUCGAUCUCAGGGACAUUCGACAACGUUUCGAUACAAAUUCUACCACACAGGAA